UAAGCACCUUCAACUUUUUGACCUUACAGUCCUUACUGACUAUCAUGUUAAGACAAGUUCAGACAGGGAAAAUCUUUGUUCUCAAUCUCAUUCGAAGAGACCAAAAAGGAGCGUGUUUUUCCACAUAGUAUUGGAGAGGAACAUGCAAUUGCAUCCUCGCCACUUUGGUCGUAAUCUACGGGAAAACAUUGUAUCCAAGCUCAUGAAAGAUGUUGAGGGCACUCGCAGUGGUAGACAUGGUUUUGUGGUGGCAAUAACAGGCAUAGAGAACGUAGGGAAAGGCUUGAUUCGAGACGGGGCAGGGUUUGUGACAUUCCCUGUGAAGUAUCAAUGUAUUGUAUUUAGACCAUUUAAAGGGGAGAUCUUGGAAGCUGUUGUUACCAAGAUGGGAUUCUUUGCAGAAGCUGGACCUGUUCAAAUUUUCGUUUCUAACCAUUUGACUCCCGAUGAUAUGGAGUUUCAGUCCGGAGAUCUGCCAAAUUAUACUACCUCUGGUGGAUCGGUUAAGAAAAAGAUAGUGAAGUGAGGUUGAAGAUAAUUGGAACCCAAGUAGAUGCUACGGAAAAAUUCUGUAUUGGUACCAUAAAAGAUGAUUUCUUGGGUGUGAUUAACGAUCCCACAACAACUUAAUCAGACCUUGGAUAUGCGCUGCCCUGUCAUGGAAAUUUCAG